AUGAAGGAACUUAGCCUGCGAAAGGCCCGUAUCGCAAAGGUAUACAUUGCUGUAUUCGUCUGCAUGACCACCAAAGCGGUGCACUUGGAAUCAGUGUCAGCCCUUUCGACCGAAGCCUUCCGAUUAACGUUAGACAGAUUCGUGGCUCGUCGUGGUCUGCCGUCGUCGAUUUAUUCAGAUUGUGGUACCAAUUUUGUCGGUGCAGCGAGGCAGCUGCGUCUAUUAGUCAAUCACCCGGAUAAUAGGGAUCAGUUAUCCGGACAUAUUGCUUGCGAAUGGCAUUUUAAUCCUCCUGGUGCUCCCCAUUUUGGAGGAAUUUGGGAAGCUGCCGUGAAAUCGGCUAAGUCACUGCUACUUCGAGCCAUGAAUUCCCAAGUUUGGACGUUAGAGGAGUUCACAACGGUGUUGUGUCGGGUAGAGGCUGCCUUGAACUCGCGUCCUUUAGCACCAGCAUCAUCUGAUCCAAAUGACUUGGAGUGCUUAACACCCGGUCAUUUUUUGGUUGGUCGUCCUCUGAUUUCGAUACCAGAACCUUUGAGUACUAGUGCACAAACAGGACUGCAGACUCGCUGGAAGCUCCUCCAGCAGUCUUUCCGGUUCUUUUGGCGACGUUGGUCGCAGGAAUAUCUGAACACUCUCCAAGCUCGUGGAAAGUGGACCAAAGAUAGCAACAACGUCGAAGUUGGUAAUAUGGUGGUAGUAAAGGUUAGCGAUACCCCCCCUCUUACCUGGCCUUUAGGUAGAGUGAUCGAGGUGUAUCCGGGCACAGAUAAGAUAGUGCGGGUGGCCAAGGUUAGAACCAACCAGGGGGUGUUCACUAGACCAGUUGUGAAUUGUUGCCCCGUUGUUAAAUCCCGAUCACUGCUCUGGUCUGCUCAACUGCUCCGUUCAUCUGCUCAACUGCUCCGUUCAACUGCUCAACUGCUCCGUUCAACUGCUCAACUGUUCCGUUCAACUGCUCAACUGCUCCGUUCAUCUGCUCAACUGCUCCGUUCAACUGCUCAACUGCUCCGUUCAAUGCUCCUUGCUCCAACAACAUCCAGACUAGAUCGAACUUCUUAUUCCAAGUUAGCUGGAACUUGCAAGGGGGAGUAUGUUCGAUCCCUGUGA